AUAAGCAAUUCUGUCAAAAAAAAAAAUAACAAUAAUAAUUUAGAUAUAAGCAAUUAAAUGCUUAUAUGUAGUCGCAAAGUUUAGUGGUUACCUUUCUAAAAAUAAAAUAAAAUAAAAUAAAGUUGUUUACAAGAUGAAAAACUUGGAAUUUCCUUGAGCAGAGCAGUGGUCUUCAAAUUUCUCACAUAAUUCUACACCCUCUAUUUCAACUGCUUCCAACCGAAGUAUCCCAUCAAAUCUGCCAAUCCAAUACUUCUUUCUAGUAUUUUCACAUCCUUUACUACCAAACCUUAAAUUUAGGGUUUCAAAAUUCAAAUUACUCCCAAGGUCCCCUGCCAUUGUUUCUUCAUACUGACCAGCGAUUCUCUACACCAGCUAACCGCCGCCCACGACCCACUCACGCUCCCGCAGCGCCCUUCAUCUACUACCGGAUUGGAACUCUUGAAUAGUGUAGGAUAAACGAAAGUGAAUAAUGUCGAGUAAAAAGGAAGAGAAAGCACAAGCUGCAGCUGAAAAAAUUAAAGCUGCAGCCUUAACUGCUGCAAAGGGUCUCAGCCGAGCCCAAGCUGAGAGAGCGGCAACUGCUGCAGCCAGAAAUGUAAAUGCUUAUGGGCAGAAGGAAGAGGGGCCUAGCAGGUGGCAAGAGAGGAAAGAAGCUAAAAGGCAGAUGUACUUGAUGAGUACUGAGAAGGCUGUGAGAUUGGGUGAGAGGAAGGAUGUCAAGUCCAAUAUGUCCUCCAUUGGAGGGGUAGCCUCCCAAUGCCAAAAGUGUUUCCAACCAGGGCACUGGACUUAUGAGUGCAAAAAUGAAAGGGUGUAUAUUUCACGUCCCUCUAGGAGCCAACUCCUCAAGAACCCUAAACUGAGGCAGAAGUUUAUGGCUUCUUAUAAUGAGGAUAAUCCUGACAUUAAGGAAGAAGAAGUAGAGGAGGUGAAAGAGGAGAAGAAUGACAAGCGAAGGAAGAAGAGUAAGAGGAAACAUAAGUCAGAUACAGAGUCUAGUAGCGAUAGUGAAGCUUCAGAAUCUGACUCUGAUAGCAGGUCUUCAUCCGCAACUGGGUCGGAUUACUCAUCAGAAAGUGCGUCGAGCUACAGCUCUUCAUCAGAUUCUGAAGACGAGAAGAGGAAGAGGAGGAAUAAUAAGAAGCAGAAGGGUCGACGUAAGAGGUACAGUUCUUCAUCUGAAUCAUCAGAUUCUGACUCAAGCUCAGAGUCUGAUUCGGGUAAGAACCGGAGGAGUAAGAAGAAGCAUAGCAGUAGACGCUCGAGAAAAUAGGUAGCUAAUUGUGGACGAUGCUGGAUGGAGUCUGUCCAUGAUUUCUUUCGUGAGUCGUAUGAGUGUUUUUAUCAUGCAUUUGCCUUUUUUUUUGGAGUGAGGUGUAGGAAAUACACAUGCUCCUUUUGUACGGGAUAGCUAUAUCCUAAACUCCUUCAAUCCCUCCUCAUGUUGAAUUGACGUUAGGUUUUUAGUUAUGAUAAAUUUUUAGAACACAAUCUACUGAUUUUGGAUGUAAUGAUUUUGAAUUCCAGGUAUCUGUUUAAGAUUUUUGAUAUUGUUCAGCA